AUGGCAAUUAAUACCCAAUUCAAAAAUAAAGUGGUCAUUGUGACUGGCGCUGGCACAGGAAUUGGCGCGGAUACUGCUAUUCUCCUUGCUGAAAGAGGUGCAAAAGUCGUCAUCGUGGGCAGAAGAGAAGGUCCACUCCGUGAGGUUGAGAAAAAUAUUCAAACCCUGGGAGGCGAAGUUCUUGUUCAGAUUGCAGAUGUCGCCGACCUAGACAUGAUCGAGAAAGUUGUGAAAAACACAUUGGCCAAGUUCGGAGCUCUUCACUACGCUGUGAAUAAUGCCGGUGUCUCCGGUGAGAAUUGUCAGAUCACCGACCUCCCCAAAAAAGUUUGGGAUGAGACUAUUAGUAUCAAUAUUUCAUCCUUGUUCUAUUGCAUGAAAGCUCAACUUGGAGCCAUUGAUAAAUCUGGCGGUGGUGCUAUUGUCAAUGUUUCUAGCGUCUUUGCGGAUCGUGGUCUUCCACAGCGCGCCGCAUACUCGGCUAGCAAACACGCCAUCAGGGGUCUAACCCGCGUCGCCGCUCUUGACUGGGCAACACGAAAUAUCAGAGUCAAUGAGCUUCAACCUGGUGUCAUCGAGACUCCCAUGACGAACACCAAUCCCGAAGAAUCUGCGCAAGUUGCAACCACGAUUGCUGUCAAGCGCCUGGGAAAACCAAGGGAGUGCGCAAACGCUAUCGCUUUUCUCCUUUCCGACGAUGCUUCCUAUAUCACAGGUACUCGGCUUGUUGUGGAUGGGGGAUUCCUGGCAUAG